AUGAGAUUCCUCUGGGUGCUCGUGUCUGCAGCAUGGCUGACCACUGCCGCUGCUCAGACUCAGGCAAGUGGUGCAGCACAAACUCCAGCAGCAGGCUCUGCUGGAGCUGCUGCUGCUGCCGGAGUUGGAACUGCUGGAGGAGCAGCAGCAGCAGGUGCUGCCGGGAGCAGUGCUGAAGCUGCCGCUGCUGCUGCUGAGAUGGAAGCCUUGGCCAAAGUCAUGCCACCUUGCGGAUUGAAAUGCCUCGCCGAGUCGAUUCCCAAGUCAAGCUGCGCCCCGACGAACCAAACCUGCAUUUGCACUGAUCCAGAGCUGACUGCCGCCAUCACCCUCUGCGUGCAAGAGACUUGCACCAUCAAGGAGUCGCUAACAACCAAAAAUGUCACCAUGACCAUGUGCCACGCCCCUGUCCGGGACCGCACAGCAGCGGUCUGGGUGCCUGGAAUUAUCGGCGGCGUUCUCGCGGUUCUGGCAUUUAUCCUGAGGAUGGCUGCCCGGUUACCUCGAUUUGGCGGUCAAUUUGGUCUGGAUGACUGGACUAUGGUGCUGGUCAUGGUAUGCUCAAUUCUCCGUGGAGAGGCAAGGCAAAGAAAGGCUGACUCGGAUCAGGCGUUGGUGAUUCCGCUGACGGCGUUGUCGGUAGUCCUACCUUUGCAUGGACUUGGCAAGGACAUCUGGACGGUUCCGUUCGACGACAUCACAUACGUUCUUUACAUCUACUUCUUCGAUGAGUCCAUCUACCUCAGCAUCCUGCCGUUGACCAAGAUCUCCAUCCUGUUUUUCUACCUGCGAAUUUUCCCCAAGAAGUCGUUCCGCAUCGCCACCUACGUCGUCAUGGCGCUGAACGUGGGCUACCUCAUCAGCUUCGUGCUUAUUUCGGUCUUUCAGUGCCGGCCCCUCGACGCUGCCUGGCUGCGCUGGGACGGCGAGCAUCCGGCCAAGUGCAACAACAUCAACGCGCAGGGCUGGGCGGCGGCCGCUCUCAACAUGGUGCUGGACCUGCUCACCAUGAGCUUGCCGCUGCGGGAGCUGAGCAAGCUGUCGAUGUCGCUGCGGAAGAAGGCGCAGGUGAUGCUGAUGUUUUGCGUGGGUUUCUUCGUGACAAUCGUCAGCGUGGUUCGCCUGCACUCGAUGAUUCAGUUCGCCAACACAGAGAACCUGACCUGGGACUACGUCCCAAUUGGCUACUGGAGCACGAUCGAAGUCGACGUCGGAGUGAUCUGCGCCUGCAUGCCCGCGAUGCGGUCCUUCCUUUUCCAUCUGUUCCCUUCAGUCUUCGAGAGCACCAUACGCGACGCGAGCGCGUCAUACGGUGUCGGUCACUCGCAGACCGGCUCGCGACUGGAUGGCAAGAUCUCGCAGAAGCCGAAGGAUGCGCCCGACGAGUCGGACUUUAUUCCUCUGGUGGAUGUGUCGCCCUCGGUGUCGCACACGCAGAAGAUGGCGUAA